AUGGAGGCGCAGGCCUUCUUGCAGCUGCCCCCCCAGCUGCUCUACGACUCGGCUUCCAAUCACGGGUCCUCCGUUGCCGGCGGCGACUGUUUCGACGACGACUUCCUGUCUGAUGCCGGCAGAGACUCGCCCUCCAACGCCGACUCGCUGGCCGAGGACUCUGACGAUGAGGCUGUUCCCGGCGCUGUCAGUUCGGCCGACAUGGCCCGGCUGCGCGCCAUGAGCUACGACCGCUCCCGCAACCUCAGAUGCGCCUGUUCCUGCGCCUGUGCCUGCGACUGUGCCCGCGACUGCGACGAAGACCGCAGCAACGGCCAGCCCUGCGACAAGGCCUGUGAAAGGGCCUGCGACGACGAGGGCGAGGGCGAGGGCGAAGGCGAAAGCGACGGCGACGGCGACGGCCAACAGCGCCGCGACCAAGCUCGGCCCCGAGCUCGAACUCGACGACACCGACAUCGACACCGACAUUUACAGACAACCCCGAUCCAGGCGCUCGACAUGAAGAUCGACGGCAGCAGAACCAGCACUGGCGGCAGCGGCAUCGACGACGGCGCCGACGGCGCCUACCACCCGCUGGUCAGCAUCCUGCCGCGAGGCACAAAGCCCGUCAGGCUGGUCGGCGAAGGCGCCGCAAACGCCGUCUUUGAGAUCAAGGUGCCCCCCAACAGCCGCGUCGGCGCGCAGUUUCAAGGCAAACUCCUGAGGGUGGCCAAAGCCCCGUCUCUGGGCCGCGCUCCCACCUCCUCCGACUACUACUUCCGCCAACAGGAGUUCUUCAUCCGCGAGAUCCAGCCACAUCUCGGCGACCAUGCCGUGAACCAGGAGCUGGUUGUGCUGCACAAGUCCGGCAUUGUGGACGAGCUCAACGCCAUGCUUCGGGACGUUAACCACCUGCGCAAGCCCAAGUUCCAGGCUUCUUUUAUUGGCCACGCCUCCUGGGGGUUUCUGGUGGAGGACAUGCGGCCAAAGGGCGAUGACGGCUCCCUUCUCAUCGAGUUCAAGCCCAAAUGGCUGCUGCAGUCACCCAGCGCCCCCAAAUCCGCCAUCAGGUGCAGGCAGUGCGCCCUGGAGCUGCGCAACUAUCUGAAAGCCCCCAGCGCAAAGGCGCCGCGCCCUGAAAGACGGCCAUGUCCGAUCGCGAUUGCGAACCCCGACUGUCCUCGGCAGGUCUCGUCACCGUUUCGAAUCGCUCCGCAGCUCGCCGGCCUGCAGGACGACAAGCGCAUCCAGACCAUUCUCGACAACAUCAUCAACCAUAAAGCACUCCGAAAGCUGAGGGAUUGCCAGAAGAGCCUUGAUGACGUGGGGCCAUUGCGACCCCCUACGAACCUCGACUUUGUCGUUGCCAUGACGCUGCGGGACUGCACAUGCUUUGCGCUGGUGCCUGCCAACGAUGAGGGGGAGAUCAAGCUUCGGUUUGGCGACUUCGACUACAAGGACCCGGAGAAGAAGUUUAGCCACUGGCGCGGCACGGAGCAGGACCUCAUCGAGGGGGGCUUUUACACCGCGGACUGGGUCGUCUGCGGCGAUACCCACUAUCACCCCCCGUCAAUGUGUGCCCUGGAGUGGUCCGGGCCGCCUCGCACGGGGGACGCAGUCAUUUUGUUGAUGGAAGACGGUCCCCCGAAGACUCAUAGCAGACGCUCCAGCUGCCUGAGCAGCGACAUUGCCUCGUCUCUGGGCGCGGGGAAGACGGUGUACAGGCACACGACGGAUCUUGCGACGCUACACAAGGGCCUGGAGCCUUUCAAGAGAGAGACGGGAGGCGCAUCGUCCACUUCCAUAUAUCACAAUCCUCUGAGGUGUGAUCCUUUGGCCAGAACAUGA